AACGUUUAAGAAAGUCUUGUUAAACGUUGUGAAAAUAUUGAAAGAAGUUUAAGACUAUGGCAACUUACACCGAAGAGGAAACUGGACCAAAUGAAAUAGACAAUUUUAAACCAAUAUUUAAGAAGUACAAAAGGAGAGACCGCCCACUGGAUGUUUCAGACGUUAUUGAUUUUGACAAGGGAAAUAAUCUGCAUAUGGUUGAACAGUUUAAACUAAAAGAGCCAGAUCAUUCACUCUUGACAGGUCUGAAGCCUGUCUGUAAAUGGAAAGCAUAUUGUCUUAAGUCCAACCCAGGUUUCCUGUUCAUAGUCAACCCAUUUGAGAAAGGAUACCAGAGGUACUGGGUGUCUCGCUGUGUUAAAGAUUAUCCAUGCCGACCCAAUGUCAGAAAUCUAGAUGCUUACAUGGAUGUAGGAGAUGUCAAUAUUUGGAACUCAUCUGUAGACACACAUAAAGAUGACAUUGCCAACAAGGAGAGUCUAAUGAUGAAGCUACGUUGGGUAACCAUGGGAUACCACUACCACUGGGGCACAAAGAAAUACUACAAAGACAGCAAAGCUCCAUUUCAAGAAGACAUGUCACGAUUAGGCCGGCAUGUAGCUAGUGCCAUAGGUUACCCAAAGUUCUCCCCAGAGGCAGCUGUCCUAAACUACUACCAUCUUGACUCAUCUCUCAGUGGCCAUACAGACCACUCAGAAUUUGACCAUUCUGCUCCACUUAUAUCUUUCAGUUUUGGUCAAGAUGCCAUCUUUCUAAUUGGGGGAGAGACAAAGGAGACAGAACCUAGUGCUGUGUUCUUGCGGAGUGGGGACAUCUGUGUCAUGAGUUCAUCAGCCAGACUUGUGUAUCAUGCUGUUCCUAGAAUAAUGGAGACAGACCCAGAAAGGAAUCGGAACUGUUUUGACAUAUCAGAUAUUUCUAAAUUAGACUCGGAGAGCUGUACAUCAGACAGUUGUGAAUCUAAAGCACACAGACAAAUUAUAGAAAGACUGCACAGUGAUGAUUGGAACCUUAUGUCAAAGUAUCUCAGCCAGACGCGAAUCAAUUUUAACAUACGUCAGGUCCUUGUGCCAGACAGAGAGUUUCCAGCGGAGUCUUGAAUGUUGUCAUAUUAUCUAUUCACCAUAAAAAUCUCUUGCUAAAUAAGUAAAUAUAUCAAUGUGAUUAAAAAUCUUACCUUCAUAAAUUUUUCCAAUCUUUAAACUAAACAGUAUGGUUUUACUCAAGUUAUGAUCAUAUAUUUGUUUUAUUUCAAAUACUGCAAGGGUUUUAAAUUAAUAUCCAUUUUAUUUCUUUAUACAUUUCUUGAAGUAAAACAAAUAAGUACAAAACAAUUUCAGGUUUGCAGCGAGAUAUAUAGAAUAAGAAUUUUGAAAGCAAAGAUAGAACCUAAUUCAUUUAAAAAUUGAAUUUUAAAAAUAACAUUUUAUUUUUUUCAAACAGACUAUGAAAUAAUAUAUAAAAGUCAGGGGUCGGUUUGGUUUUGUUUACUGGGUUAGCAUGUUCCACUAACAUAGAAUGGCAGUAGGAUAAGUCAUCAAGUUUUUUUUUAUUUAGAAAUUGAUCAGUUUGAACAAUAUGUAUUCAAUAUUUAAACUACAUUACGUAUACAUACUUAAUAUUUGGGAUCCAAAAUCAAGCUAGAAUCUUUGAUUUCUGUAUAACGUACAAAUAUAAAGUAUAGUAACAAUACAUGAUGGUAUUCAGAUUUAUAAAUCUACAUCUACAAAUUAUCAUUACAUACUGCCCUUUGAACUAGAUUAUCAAAAUGAUUUUUAUAUAAAAACAAAUAGAGCAGGGACUCAUGUAGAUAACCCUUUCCUACUCUUUUUCUGAUCUGAACAUAUUGAGGGGUUAAUGUAUUAAAACGUUUAUAAGAUAUUGUUUACAGAAGAUUUUUAUUUCAAAAAUGGUCAAGGGUGACCUUUAACCUUGACCAGCGACUAUCAGAAUCUAAUCAGGUGUCGAUCUUGAGGGUUGAUGCUUUGGUGUGUGUUUAAACAAAAUCUGUUCAUUUGAUUCGGGAAUGGCAGUGAAAAGGUAUGAGGUCACCUGCCGACCAUGUGGGCUUACUCUGGGUACUCCAGUUUCUUCCUAUACUAAGAUCCCUUGUGGGAUUCCAUCUUUGCCAACAAAAGCGAUUAAUUUAAGUUUGAAAAAUCUGCUUCAUAGUGUUAAAUAAAGUUUAAUUUUUAACAAAA